AUGCCUAGUUUAGAAAAACAGGGAGAAGGAAAGACGUACAUUACAUUGCAAUAUCUAUCGAGGUUAGCGUUAUGGGCUUAUUUUCGAAAUAUCAAGAUCAUCUGUAGAGCGCCCGUGCCUGCUGAGGGGCCCUUAUUGAUUGCAGCCAACCAUUCCAACAUGGUGCUGGACCCCAUCGUGCUCAUCGCCACAUUCCCUCACUCAAGACCUUGCCAUUUCUGGGCUCUUGCUCGCUUCUUUCGUAUACCUUUUGUUGGAAAGAUACUGAAGGCAGCAGGUGUUUUGCCCGUGGAUACAAAGACACAUAGCAACGCAAAGCUGUUUGAACAUACACUGCUCACCCUGGACAGAGGCGCUGUGGUGGCUCUAUUUCCUGAAGGCACAUCAUACACUGCACCAAAUCAUUUACCUUUUAAGGACGGGAUCAGUUGGGCAAGUUUUGAGUAUCUUACACAAUUGGCACAACGAGAAGAGGGGCCUAAAAGUGUUUCGAUCAUCCCAGUUGGUAUCACAUACAGCACAAAGAACAGAUGGAGAAGCGAGAUGGUGGUCGAAUAUGGCGAACCCAUCAUCCAAACAGUAGAGGACCUGGAGCAAUUCCACCAAGACCCAAAAAAAAGUGUUAAAAGUUUGACAGAUUGUAUCGCAAAGGGUGUCGAACGUAGUACGAUUAAUAGUCCAGACUGGGAUACAUCACAUGCAGCCACUGAAGCCAGAUCCAUUUUAUUUGGUGACUCUAGAGGUGUCCGUCUAGAAGAAUAUGUACAUGUAUCUCAAAGUUUCAUAGGACUCUUCCACCCAAAGAAUACAGAUGACACAGAGGCACUCUACUACAAAGAGAGAAUGGAGCUGAAACAGAGGCUUCUCAUGUUUUCAAAGCAACUAAAGAGCCUUCGAUUGAAUGCAGGCGAUAUCAGCAUGUAUGAGAACCAAGAAAUCACAAUGACAAGGGCAACAGUACGACUUGUAUCCACAUGGACUGGCCUCGUUGUCCAGAUACCCUUAUUUUUACCCGGCAUCAUCAUCAACUCGCCAUUUUACAUCUUGGGUCGACUGAUUGACUCGUAUGAACCUUACACUGAAUCUGUGUCUCAAGACAAGCUUAUUUUCAGCUUCUUUCUGGCAAUGCCUGUGUAUGGUACCUUGAUUUGGUUACUUUGGAAAUUAACUGGCUAUGGCCUAAUCAGUUUAUUGUGCGUGCUCAUGUUACUGCCACUGUUUGCUUGGUAUCAUAUGGCUUUGAUCGAUAAAAACUACGACAUGUUGAAGCAAGUGAUUGCGUCUUGGCGCAUCUUUAUCGCCAUCACGACUGGAACAACAGGUGUGAAUGCGGAUUGGACUCACAGUAGAGAAGCCUUGGAGGAUUGCGUGCGUCUACGCCGUUGGUGCAGAGAUCAGACAAGACAACUGGUAUUCAACUUGGCAAGGAAGGGAGAUCCAGAAGCACAAUAUCUUGUGGAUUAUGGAAAGCCAUUGUUUGCAUCAUUGAUGGAGGAGAACCAACAAGAGUAG